CCAUUGACCUCAGCCAGGUUUGAACCCACAAACCUUGGGUCCAGUGGCAAGCACAUUAACCACUAGUUCACCAAGAUUAAUAGUUAAAGUUUAAUUUUUAAGUUUAAGUUCUGAUGCAUCUAAUGAGAUGACAAACAAACUAAAUUUUAGUCAGUCUGACUUUAAACUUAUCAAGCAAUUUAUCUAUAUAUGUAAGUAAUCAUCAACAUAUAUUUCAUUAUAAUACAAAACCCCACAACAAUAAAUAUUAGAAAUAUGAUUAAUAAAAAUUUGAGAUGAAGUUAACACUAAGAGUACAAUUUUCAAUGGCAGCAAAUGACAUGCCAGUAUAUGAACUGGAGGUGAUUGCAUGUCUAACAUCAUCCAGCAUCUGUCAGUCACAUCUCUUUGGUCAACCAGCACGUCUCUGUCCAACCCAAUGUUGGCAUUUGGAGUGGGAGGAACUGCUAGCCAAUCAGCAGUUCUUCAUGGCACUCUGCAAGAAACUCUGUGAACGGGACCAGUACCUACUAACAAGAAUAAAGCAACAUUUCCACAGCAUCAAUGAACUGUCAGGACACUUCAUUUUAGAAUCAGAUGGCAGUGAGCUACUACUGAAAGCAGCAGUUUCAGCAGAACUGAUGCUACCAACACGAGAGGUUGGAUUGCCUUGCUUGUCUGAUGAUAGGAUGAUACACAAAAUGAUGAACACAGUAUCAAACUGUUUAGACCAUCUACCAUUGAUGGAAGAAUACAAGCCUUCUGACUUCCCAUCAGGCCUCUACAGCAUACUUGCACGCAACCUGCAGCAUAACACUUUGUAUGAUAAUGCUAAUUUCCUGAAUGGGAGCUCCAACUGUAAGGUGGGAUCUAGUGGACACCCUGGACCUGAUGUUUCACCAAGUGAACUCCGAACUCGAGAAGGCACCAAGCGCAACCGAGGUAGUAGCAGCAGCAGCAAGAAGUAG